AUUGUUCUAUGCUACUAUCGGCCAUCGGCACGCGUCUUUAUCACGGAGAGACAACCAGACGAGAGUUAUUAUUUAUUUCGUGUAUCUUUAUAAAGUAUUAUACUCUACAACUUUACGGUAAUCUUAUUAUGAUUAAAUAUUACUAAUUUAAUAGUUGAGUGAAUAUUCACUGUCUUGUUUAUUUUCAAACAAAAAGUCGCAAAUAAACAACAGUAUUGAAUAUUUUGAUAUUAAUGGUGUUAAUUUUUAAGAACUGUAACUAUUUUUCGUCAGCGUUGUUCUUGAAAUGGCUACGGAAGAUGUAUUUGACCAGUUUGACGAAGAAGAACAACAAGUAGAAAGUCAGUCAUUUACAAAAGCUGGUCGAAAGCGACUUUUCUCAAAGGAAUUACGUUGUAUGAUGUAUGGUUUUGGUGAUGAUGAAAAUCCAUACACUGAAAGUGUUGACAUUCUUGAGGAUCUAGUAAUUGAGUUUAUCACAGAAAUGACUCAUAAUGCUAUGGAAAUUGGGCGGUCUGGACGGGUUCAAGUAGAAGAUAUUGUAUUUUUAGUGCGAAAAGAUGCAAAAAAGUAUGCUAGGGUCAAAGAAUUGCUAAUGAUGAAUGAAGAAUUGAAAAAAGCACGGAAAGCAUUCGAUGAAGGAAAAUUUGCUGGUAAUGAAGUCCCAAACAAUGGAAAUACUAGUAUCACUAAAUAAUGGCCAACACUUUUAUGUUCAAUUUAUAUUUAUUUGUAUUACUCAACAUGUACUUAUACAUUCAUUAAUACUGAACGCUUUACUUUUAUAAAUAACUUAAGAAUUAUAACUUUAAAUUUUUUUUUUAUGAAAAUUAUAUAUUUUUCUGUAAAAAAAAUGUGUUAUUUGAAAUAAUAUACUUACUGUAAGUAAACAAUAGCAUUUUAAUAUAACAUGUUUAAUUUACAGCAGUUAUUUACUUGUUAAAAAUACAUCAAUUAAAGUAAUAAUCUGUAUGAAAAAUAUAUAUUAGGUCAAAACUGAGCACAUCAGAAAUAAUUUGGUUUUUAAAUUGUUGCAUAUUAUGAAUAUAUUAAUGUAGGUUACAUUGCAAAAAACUAGUAAUAAUAAAAAAUUUUCAAUUCAUUGACAAUAA